UUCUGUUAUUCUAUUAAUUAGAUGUUGUUAAAGUUAUACUUGUUGACUCUUUCCAAAUGGACUCAUGUGACGCAGCUGCUUUUGCAGAUUCGACAUAAGCACGUAGAGCUCCAGAGUCCCCUGGUUUCAUCUCAAAGAGUUUCUCUGCAGCACGAGCUGCAACAUCGAUGUUCUUGCCACUACCAUGAACUUUGCAAGCGCUGAUCAAGCUCUUCCACGCGAGGAAAUGCGGCUGGAAGGGCAUCACCAGCAGCAGACCUUCGGCCUUGGCAACCACCCCGGCUCGUCCCAGCACAUCUGCCAUCGCCUGGAAGUGAAUCACAUUUGGAGAAAUGCUGUACUCGGCCACCAUAGAUCGAAAGUAGUCGAGUGCCACACGGAGCUUCCCACCGUGAUUGCAAGUCAAGAAAAUCCCCUGGAAACUUAUCUCGUUUCUCGUCUCGCCCUCCAUCGCCAUGCUGCCAAAAAACAUCGCGCUCCACAACACAAUGCUCCGUUCAGGCAAUGUGGAGAAAAUCUUCCCGGCCUGCAAGACAUUUCCCCCUCAGCGCUCGCGGCAAGGAUCGUGUUCCAGCUCGCUGUGUCUCUCACCGGCAUGGCCACGAAGAGCUCCCCAAUCUUUGUCCCUGGCGCGGCAGAGAAGCCGGGAUUCGUCGUUGAUUUCCUCAUGGGCGGCGUCUCUGCGGCAGUGUCCAAGACCGCCGCGGCCCCCAUCGAGCGCGUCAAGCUCCUCAUCCAGAACCAGGACGAGAUGAUCCGGAUGGGCCGCCUCUCGGAGCCUUACAAGGGGAUCCUCGACUGUUUCGGCCGGACGAUGCGCGACGAGGGAACCAUGGCGCUCUGGCGAGGCAAUCUCGCAAACGUCAUUCGCUACUUCCCCACCCAGGCACUAAACUUCGCGUUCAAGGAUCACUUCAAGAGGAUGUUUAACUUCAAGGCCGACCGCGAUGGCUACUGGGUAUGGUUCGCUGGGAACUUGGCCUCGGGCGGCCUCGCCGGUGCCUCGUCUCUCUUCUUCGUCUACUCGCUGGACUACGCGCGGACUCGCCUCGCUAACGACGCCAAGGCCGCCAAGAAAGGUGGCGGCGCCGGCGGCGGCCGCCAGUUCAAUGGCCUCCUCGACGUCUACAAGAAAACUCUGGCCAGCGACGGCAUCGCGGGGCUCUACCGCGGCUUCAACAUCUCCUGUGUUGGCAUCGUCGUCUACCGCGGCCUCUACUUUGGGAUAUACGACUCGCUCAAGCCCGUGGUCCUGGUGGGAGAUCUCAAGGGCAACUUCGCGGCGAGCUUUAUGCUGGGGUGGAGCAUCACGAUCGCGGCUGGAUUGGCCUCGUACCCGAUCGACACGGUGAGACGCCGGAUGAUGAUGCGAUCUGGCGAGGGUGCCAAGUACAAGAGCUCCAUGCAUGCGCUGCGGGAGAUUCUGGCCAAGGAGGGGGUCAAGUCGCUGUUCAAGGGAGCCGGGGCCAACAUCUUGAGAGCCGUGGCGGGCGCAGGAGUGCUCUCGGGCUAUGACCAGCUGCAAAUGAUCUUCCUGGGCAAGACGUAUGGCUCGGGUGGCGGCGGCUAA